AUGACUCUCCUGCCCUCGCCCCUCGCUCAGUCCACAUUGGGCGAGAAGUGCGCACUCUACUUGGACCACGUUAGCGACCAUCUCCCCGUGUUCCUGCACUCCAUUCGCCCUCGACUGGACCCGUAUCUGACAUACUCGGCCACCACCUUCCAAUCGGUCGCGCAGGCGCUGCCAUUCGACGUUGACGAACAAACCACCGCUCUUGGUGCGGCACUUUUGAUCGGCAUCUUUACCGUGGUCGCCAUGAGCUGGGGAAACCCCUUUAACAAUUUUUGGCGCCGCGCGCCGAACCACCCUGCUGCCCCGCAGGUGCGCGAUGAUGAUUACAGCUACAUCACGCCAGACUACAUUGUCGACCCGCCCUCCCAGCCUGCACGAUAUGGUGCUCAGUAUGAAGCAGGUUCUUCCGAUAACGAGCCAGAUGUCAUUUGUCUCAAGCAUCGUGGCACCAUCUACCCACUCCAUUUCCGCGCUUAUGCCAUUGACGAUGGACUCCUGACCGUGGGGAAUCUCCGCCAUGCCGCUGCUGCAAAGAUGGGUGCCAGCAACCCGAAUCAGCUUCGACUGCUCUAUAAGGGGAAUCUGCUGAAGGAUGAUAGUCGGACAUGCAAAGCCGAAGGGCUGAAACAACAUUCUCAGGUGCUAUGUGUGGUUUCGGAAGUUGGAUCCAACACCCCCAGCGAUCUGUCGGACUAUGACAGUGGCCCUGCUGAGAUCCCCGUCAUUCGUCCUGGGUCGUCGUCUUCUCUCGUCGACGGGGAUGAUGCACCCGGACCUGCAAACCCCCCCGCGACGAAAAAGAGCAACAAGAAGAAAAAGAAGAAGGGGAGCAAACGCAGUGAUGAGAGACUGGCACCCGAAACGCUAGGAAGUUCACCCUCUCUGGCACCCCCGCGACCUACGUCUGCGAGUCGCUCGUCUGCUCCGUCUCCAGCACCUAGCAUGAAGACGUUGAAGACCCCACUGGAGCAGGUGACUGCGUUGACCGACUACCUCCAGCGGGAGUUGAUUCCCCUCUGUGACGACUACCUGGCUAAUCCACCAAGCGACCCAAAGAAGCGGGAGUUUGAGUACCGCAAGUUGAGCGAGACAAUCUUGGCGCAGGUGAUGUUGAAGGCCGAUGGCAUCGAACCGGAUGGAAACGAGACCGUCCGCAAUGCACGCAAGGCGCUUAUCAGGGAAGCUCAAGCCUCAUUGAACCGGCUGGAUCAGGCUGGCAAAUCGCAAUCAUAA